GCUGCGCAAAUGCGAGCUGCUGCGCUGCUGCGCUUCAUAGCUGUAGUCGUAGAGAUAAGCUGUAGAAUAAUGUUUGCCUAAUUGAUGAACGGGUCAGACGUCGAUGAGGAGAGAGUUGACGAUGCAAGACUGACACGUUCGGGAUCACGAAGGAUCCCGCACGUGUUCCAGGCCCUAGAACCGGGAGAAGAAAGACGACUUCGUGCCGAACACAGAGCCCGUGCACUAGCAGCAGCUAGGGAAACAGCGAACGCCGCAGCUAGGGAACAGGCUGCAGCAGCAGCCAGAGCAGUAGCCAUGUCUUCUGCAGCAGCAUCCUCGGUUGCGUCCUUGUCUGGGACCAAUGGGACCAUGUUGGGAAUGCCCACAGGGUCCCCGGGUACUUCCAGUUCAGUAGGGUCUCGGCAGUCUACAAGUCAAAUGGCGGGCUCGCAGUUCAGCCCGUUGACUCCUCGCGAAAGGGAGCUUCUAGAGCUCAAACAGGUCGAAAGGAUCCGUGAACGAUUAGAGAGGGAACUGAAACAGGCAACCGAUAGAGAAAGAGAGAUCAAAAAUAGAACAGCCAGGCUUGAAACGUUAGAGGCAGACAAAGCUGAGUUAGAGGGUUUGGAUGAGUCAGGAGUGUAUGACUCAAUGAAAACAUUGAGGAACAAUAUGUUGUCGCUGCAUGCGCACGUGGACAACCGAUUGGACUUUAUGCAGAACACUCUAGACCAGAUCCUGGACAUUUUGCAAAGGCCAGGAUACAGGCCACUAGCACAGUCGCCGUUGCCGUUAAUGGUGAUGUCUGGCCCCUUUCCCAUACAAGCUGGCACACAACCAAGUGGCACGUCUGCAGCAACUGCACAGACUGUUGCUUCUUCUUCUUCGGGUCCAGCGGUGGGAGCUACACCACCGCAACAACCUGUUGCUCAACAGGGACAGCCGCAAGGUCAAUGGUAUCCUAAGACCCCGAUGAAACCGCCUCUUGCCUUCUCAGGCGAGAGGAAGGACGGAGAACUCAACACUUGGUUGAGAACAGUUCCGGUUUGGGUGAAGGCAAAGAGGCCAGAGAACGAAGUGGUUACUGUUGCAUCUUACCUCGAGGGUAAGGCAGCCAAAUGGCUAGAUGGUAUAGUAACAAAGGCCAGGUAUGGACGACGUAUGGCGGACAGGGCUAAGUCUAUUACGUUAGACCAGUUCUUUGAGAUGGUAGAAGCUCGCUGGCACAAUCCUCAGCAGACACAAAUGGCCACUGAUGCGAUAAACAGACUAGAUCAAAUAAAGUUCAAGUCAGUCAGAGAGCUUACGACUACCGUGGGAAGUCUCAUCGUUGUCCCCGGCAUCAACUACGACAACCAGUUCCUUUUCACAACCUUUGUUAGAUGUCUUCCAGAGAACCUCAGGAACUUGCUGGCCAGCGAGGCUCGCCUCGAGUACCACUCGUUUGAGACAUUGUUUAGAAAAACCUUAGACUUAGAGGCUACACUAGGGAAUGCUCAACCCACUCAGAAUGACGCGAGGAAGAAGAAGAGUCCGCAGGAAUGGAAAAAGAAGGGGGCCAAGUUGAUGAUGGUUGAGUCUGAUGGGACUCAAACAAAAAUUGAUGAGCUCACAGACCUGCUGGACGGUUCAGAGUUUGACGGCGAGGAGAUUGCUGAGGGUAGCACCCUCGCCGCAGUAGUCAAGGCUAAGGCGGGUGACCGAGGGAAGGGCCAUCCAAAGAGUCAAGGGAAGGCCACCUCCAAUCAGACCAAAGUGGUUGAUAGGGUCAAGGCAGGUUUUGAUCAAGACGUGUGGCGGGACCGCCAACACACCAUGAAUCGGAUCUUCCAUGACCAUUUAGAUAAGUUUGUCGUGGUUUACCUUGACGACAUUUUGAUCUUCAGUAAGUCUGCCGAGGAGCAUGCACAGCACGUUGAGACUGUACUUUCACUCCUGCGACAGCACAAGUAUAAGGUCAACCUAGAGAAGUGUGAGUUUGGUCGCACUAAGAUAUUAUACUUGGGUCAUGUAAUAUCCGCGGAAGGGAUUAGGCCGGAAGAUGCGAAGGUGGCUAGUAUUCGAGACUGGCCACGGCCUCAGACUGUCACUGAGGUCAGAUCUUUCUUAGGAAUGUGCGGCUACUAUAGGAACUUCGUAAAGAACUAUUCUACAGUCGCCUCUCCUUUGACGGAUCUAACUCGACUUGACACGCCGUGGGACUGGGGUGAUGAGUGCGAGGGUGCUUUCAAGCGAUUGAAGCAUGCACUCAUGAAUCAUGAAGUUCUCAUGGUUCCCGAUCCUCAAAAGCCAUUCAUAGUAACCACUGACCCAAGCCAAUACGACAUUGGCGCAGUGCUGGCUCAGCAGGAUGGGAAGAAGUUGAGACCGAUUGAGUACAUGAGCAAGAAAAUACCAUCGAAGAAAUUGGCAAAGUCCACCUACGAAAGGGAACUCUAUGCUCUCUACAAGGCACUUGUCCAUUGGAGACAUUUUCUGUUGGGACGGUUCUUCUACUUGAGAACUGACCAUCAGACGCUCAAUCGGAUCAAGACUCAACCGGCUCUUUCUGAUGCACUCAAGCGAUGGAUUGAGGUCAUAGAUCAAUAUGACUUCAAGCUUGAGUAUCUGAAGGGAGAGUACAACAAGGUUGCAGAUGCGCUAUCACGUAGGGCAGACUACCUAGGGGCGCUAGUUUCUGACUUUGGUGUAUCGGAAGAAUAUGAGAAGUUGCUGCAGCAAGCUGUCAAGCAUAUCAAGAAAACUCAGCAAGCAAUGAUUGCUUCUGAGAACAAGCAUCGACGACAGUCCUCAUUUCAGGUAGGGGAACGUGUCUGGGUCAAGGUUAGUGAGCUAGGACAGGAAUUCGGUAUCUCUAGAAAACUAAUGCCUCAGCAUUUUGGUCCCUGGGAAGUCCUGGAUAUAGUGGGGGAUGAGAUGGAUGGUCCUACCUAUGUUAUCCGUAUCCCUGGACGCCUACGCACUUACCCCAUCUUUCAUGCCUCAAAGCUUGCACCUUUUGCUGAGACUGAUCAAUUCCCUUCAAGGAGAUCGAUGCUGCCCCCAACCAUGGAUGGUCAAGUGGACAUCGACGACAUUGUGGAUCACAGAGAUCUGCCUGUUCAGAAGCCAUUGGGUAGAGGAAGACCUCCUAAGCCCAAGAGAGAGUAUCGCUUCAGAUUCAGGCAUCAUACGGAUCCAAAGGAAGAUCGGUGGUUCACCAGAGAGGAACUGAUUGACACAGCUCCUCAGGUGGUGGCAGAAUAUGAAAGGAACUUGAAAGGGAAGGCACCUGCGAAGUAAGCAUCUCAGCGGACUUUCGAAGCUAAGUGGGAUGGAAUGUGAGGAUUAAGCCCUCAAGAAGGGGCCUUGCCAUGGUGUACAUGUUCUGGGCUAAGGCCCCAGCAAGCCUAGUGCCCGCCCUAAGUGAAGGCGGGCCAGUAAAUCAACAAGAGCCCU